AUGUCAGAUCGUCUCGCCAGUAACUACCUCCUCGCCACGUCGCGACGGACGGGCCGAGGCGAAGAGGGGCAACUGGCACCUCUUGCACUUUCUUGCGGAGCCCGACGCAACGGCCAGUCUCCGCCGAGCGCUAUGGCUCGAUACGCGUACAUCUGUGUUGGUGUGCUAUUACUCGCCUACUCCGUGACCAGCGAACGGGUAAAGCGACAAGAUGAAGACGGUGGAGAUGAAGUAAAUCCGGAACAACUCUGCGACGGACGCCCCCCGGACGAAUACUUCCGUCUAAGCACAGACGGGGAUUGCCGCGAUGUCGUCAGGUGCGACAAAGGUGCUGAAAAUGGAGUGACCAGACUGGCAUCAGUGAGGUGCCCCGGCGGGUUGGGUUUCGAUAUCGACCGUCAAACCUGUGACUGGAAAACGAAUGUUAAGAAUUGCGAUAAACUAGAAAAACCAAGAAAAGUGCUGCCAAUUUUGAAGACAGAUGAGCCAAUCUGCCCAGAAGGUAAACUAGCUUGCGGCAGUGGUGACUGUAUGGAAAGACAACUGUUCUGUAACGGAAAGCCUGAUUGCAAAGAUGAAUCCGAUGAGAAUGCUUGCACCGUGGACGUGGAUCCCAACAGAGCACCCGACUGCGAUCCUAACCAAUGUGUACUGCCUGACUGUUUCUGCUCCGCUGAUGGAACUCGGAUCCCUGGAGGUUUCGAAAUUAACCAAGUACCCCAGAUGAUAACCAUCACUUUCAACGGCGCCGUGAACGUUGACAAUAUCGAUUUAUACGAGCAAAUAUUCAACGGAAACAGACAAAAUCCUAAUGGAUGUCAAAUCCGGGGUACCUUCUUUGUCUCUCACAAAUACACUAACUACGCUGCAGUACAGGAACUACACCGUAAGGGACAUGAGAUUGCUGUAUUCUCGAUCACACACAAGGACGACCCACAAUACUGGACUAGCGGUACUUACGACGACUGGUUGGCGGAGAUGGCUGGCGCUCGUCUCAUUGUUGAAAGAUUCGCCAAUAUUACUGACGCCUCAAUUAUUGGAGUCCGCGCUCCUUAUCUCCGAGUCGGUGGUAACAAGCAAUUUGAGAUGAUGGCCGACCAAUACUUUGUAUACGACGCUUCCAUCACAGCUCCCCUCGGUCGCGUCCCGAUUUGGCCUUACACUCUCUACUUCCGUAUGCCACACAAGUGCAACGGCAACGCCCACAACUGUCCCUCUAGAAGCCACCCAGUUUGGGAAAUGGUGAUGAACGAAUUGGACAGACGUGACGACCCAACAUUCGACGAGUCUCUGCCUGGUUGUCAUGUGGUCGAUUCUUGCUCAAACAUUCAGACCGGUGAGCAGUUCGGUCGUCUCCUCCGUCACAACUUCAACCGCCACUACUUGACCAACCGUGCCCCACUCGGUCUACACUUCCACGCCUCUUGGCUCAAAUCCAAAAAGGAAUUCAGAGACGAGCUUAUCAAAUUCAUCGAGGACAUGCUGGGCAAGAGCGACGUAUACUUCACUUCCAUGAUUCAGGUCAUCCAAUGGAUGCAAAACCCUACUGAAUUAACAGCAUUAAGAGACUUCCAGGAUUGGAAACAGGACAAAUGCGACGUCAAGGGUCAACCGUUCUGCUCUCUGCCAAACGCGUGCCCGCUAACCACUCGCGAGUUACCAGGGGAAACCUUACGUUUGUUUACAUGUAUGGAGUGUCCGAACAACUACCCGUGGAUUUUGGACCCCACGGGAGAAGGUUUCAACGUAAAGAAGUGA